AUGAACAUUAAUCAAGACCCUUCAUCAUCUGAUAUAGGGCCACCGAGAAUCCAUACACCAGCAUCUAUAAGAAGUCCAAAUUUCCUAGAUCCCGACUCUCCUACAGGUCAAGACGACGAUGAAGAAGAUCAAAUACUAACACAACGAGAACCAACCAAUCAACUUCUGGAUCCAGCUACAGGUGAGCAGAAUUCAGAAAAUUCAGACACCUACACUGAACCAGAGCAAUCUAAUGAUGGCAUCCAGCAAAACCCCCCUCAAAUUAACAACGAAAAUAGCAAUGACUCUUCAUCAAUUAUAUACCAUGUUAGACGUAGAGUUACAUACGAAACUGGUGAUGAAAAUUCCAUGGAUGAUGAAAGACCCAUAUCAGAAAAUAAUAACCCAAUAGUUCUAAAUCAAGAUAGUAAUAUAAGUAAUGUAGUGCCAAUGCAUAAUGAAGAUAGCAACCCUAUCUCAGUAGCCACAGAAGAUUCCAAUCUAUCUAUACCUGCAUCGCAAACAAGAAAGAAAUCUGAGUGUGACGAACCACCCGCUAAAGUAAGGAAAGUCAACUCUUCACAAGAAAACGAAGAGAUAGAUGGAGAUACCUGUCCAAUAUGUCUAGAUGCUUGGGGUAAUUCUGGAGAUCAUAGGUUAGUUUCAUUAAAAUGUGGUCACCUUUUCGGUGCAGAAUGCGUUAGGCGAUGGUUAAAAGCACAACCUCCUAAGGAGGGCUCGUGUCCUACAUGUAAGAGUAAAGCGGUAAUGAAAGAUCUCCGUUUCAUUUAUGCGAAACGGCUGGUGGCCGCAGACACUUCGCAGAUCACUGCACUUCAGAAACAGCUUGAGACUGUGCAAGCAGAAAAGAGCAGGACAGUUUUGGAGCUUCAAAAGACGAAAAUAGCGCAUCGCGCAUGUCUUUUGCAAUUGGAAGUAUUACGGACUACGUUAAUGAAGUCUCAGAUCACUAGGGAGCCUGUGAAAAAGUCUUGGAGAUUUGCCUUAGAGAAGAACUUGGAAAUUUCUAAAGAUGGCGGGUGUAGGGUUAUGACUUAUAAUUGUAGGACCUAUGAGCUCUACGUGUCCCAAAAGAGCACUAAUAAUCUCUUCCCUGGCUACGGCAUCCGAAAAGUCAGCUGUGUAGAUUAUAAACUGGGGCAAUUCUUACACCUACAUCCAAAGCCGAUCCGUGAUAUUACUUAUUCGCCGCCCAGGGAUUUACUUCUAAGUGUUGGAUUGGACAGUUGUGCUCGAAUCGUGGAUCGGGGCUCACCAAGUGUAACUAUUAACGCGGGAUUCCCUCUAUGGUGUUGUUCAUGGGAUCAUCUUCGAUCCAAUGAGUUCUACGUUGGAGGGGUGGGUGGCACGGUGCAUACGUACGAUAUCCGCAACCUCUCAGGGUAUAUAGCUACCCUUCCAUCCCCUGGUGAUAUGUCGCCUGUCAUAUCCUUGUGUUCAACAGCUUUUGGACUCUUGUCGUGCCAAUUGAAUAAAUGCUGGUUGUGGGUAGUAAAUGAACGCCGAUGGGGGACGCAAGAGUUUCCUCUUGAUGGACCUUUUAUGUCUAUGAGCUACGACAGUGAUAGCCAAAAAGUGUUGAUGUCAACGCGACCAAGUGGACAAGAGCGAUCUAAAUUGACAGUGUGCAGGCUGAAACAGAGUUUGUCGAGUGGAGACGUGUUAGUGGAUGUGGAAGAUACGUAUAGCGGCUCAACCAUUUCUACUAUUAUGACUCGGGCUGCGUGGGUUAAAGCGCCUGGCGCGUCGUGGGUCGCAGCACAUUCUGAAAGCGAUAGUACUUUGUAUCUCAAUGGUUUGGACGGUGCUAGGACUAUGUCUCUGCCAGCUGUCGAACCGGCAUUGGAUGUGUGUUCAGCGCAGUUGAAUGGCAAUAGUGUUUUGGCUGCGCUCUCGGAAUCCAGGUUAAGAAUAUAUAAAGCAGUCGCGAUGAACUGUUGA